AUGGUGGAUUACUAUGAAGUUCUAGGAGUGCAGAGAUAUGCUUCACCUGAGGACAUUAAAAAGGCUUAUCGUAAAGUGGCACUUAAAUGGCACCCUGAUAAAAAUCCAGAAAAUAAGGAAGAAGCUGAGAGAAAAUUCAAAGAAGUAGCUGAGGCAUAUGAGGUAUUAUCAAAUGAUAAAAAACGGGACACUUACAAUAAAUAUGGCAAAGAAGGAUUAAACGGCGGAGUCGGAAGUCAUUUUGAUGCUUCUUUUGAGUAUGGCUUCACAUUCCGUAAGCCAGAUGAUGUCUUUAAAGAAAUUUUUGGUGAAAGGGACCCAUUUUCAUUUCAUUUCUUUGAAGACUCACUUGAGGACCUUUUAAACAGUCCCAGAAGCUCCUACGGAAGCAGAAACAGAGGUGCAAGAUCCUUUUUCCCUACCUCCAGUGAAUAUCCAAUUUUUGAGACAUUUUCUUCAUGUGAUACAGGAUAUAUACCAUAUGGUUUACUGGGUCAUGAGGGCCUUAAUUCAUUCUCUUCCCUGGCAUUUGAUGAUAGUGGGAUGGGCAACUAUGUAUCUGUAACAACUUUAGGUAAAAUUGUUAACGGCAGAAAUACCAAUACAAAAAGAAUUAUUGAGAACGAUCAAGAAAGAGAAGUUGAAGACGAUGGUGAGUUGAAGUCUUUCCUUAUAAACGGUGUGGCAGAUGAAGACGGCUUUGCGGAAGAAUGCAGCUGGAGAAGACAGUCAUUCAACAAUUAUUCACCAAAGUCCUACAGCCCCAAACAUGUAUGUCAAUAUACUUUUGUGGACAAUGAUGAGCAAGGAAUACCUUGGGUCACAAGCAACUGGGAUCCCUCUAUGUUCUCAGCAGGAUUCAAAGAAGGUAGUAAAAGGAAAAAAAAGAAGCAUAAAGAGGUGCAGAAGAAGAAGUCAACCAAAAGGAAUCAUUAA